GAGUCUUGGUUUUAAACUAGGGGAGGUAUAGUGGGCUUGGCUCUCUGUUUUCAAGACACUCAGGAUCUGUCUUUGUCUGGGUGGAAAGAUCAUGCCCCCAAAACCCGCCCCACCUGCUGCAGGAGGUCCUCCUGCUUCAAAAGGCGCGGCUGCUGCAAAAGGCCCGCCUGCUGCAGGAGGCCCGCCCGCUGCAGGAGGCCCGCCGGCUGCAGGAGCCCCGCCGGCUGCAGGAGCCCCGCCGGCUGCAGGCGCCCCUGAGAAGCCGCCAGAGGAAACACAGACACCUGAAGAACUGGCAUUUUAUGCCCCGAAUUACUUAUGUUUGACCAUCCUGGCCGUAAUUUUGUUCCCUCCCCUGGGAUUAAUAGCUAUAUUCUUCAGUUACAAGACUACGCAGGCCAACAAGAACAGCGAAUGGGAAGAUGCUUACCUCAACUCAGGCCGAACUGGCUGGCUGGAUGUAUUUGCCAUACUCAUUGGUUUAGGCAUCAUUUAUGCCUAUACCCUAUUUAUGUGAAGGCCAGGCCAAGUAGUCCAUGAGUCCACCUCAAAUAGGACUUACCCACCAAAGCCCUAACCAACCAAAUCAGCCACCAUGCAAGAAACCAACAGCCAAGACAUCUUCUAGCCAGAAAACCUAUUGGCCAAGGAACUCAACAUCCAAGCAACCCACUAGCCCAGGGACAUCAUACUACUUCAUCCUUUUUGCUGCUGGAGCCAUCUUCAUCCACCUUGAGGGUUCUCACUUUCAUGCCCUAGAUGUGCUUAGCUCCAUGAUACUUGGAUGCUCUUUCAGGAAAAAAAAAUAUUUAAACCAAUAAAAAAUGAAGGGAAUGUUCCAGC